CGUCUUCGGUCUUGGUCCUAAUCUAGCGCAAUUAGCGUGACUAAGCAAAGUUGUAUGUGUGUGUAUAGUGAUGAAAUGGAGUUUAAUCUCCCCCAAUGACAUAAUUAAGAUUGGUUAUCUAAACCGCGUUAUCUUUCAGGUGCCAUGAAAACCGGCGAGCUAAAUGAGGAGGAUUUAGCUACUAAUCCCGAAAAAAACAACCAAUCUGGUGCUUCUAGCGAAUUCAAGAACCCCCUGAAGACCGUCGGAUUUUUUGGAGUGUACCGAUACGCCGCGACUUUCGACCGAUGGCUUUUGGCGUUGGGCACCUUAUGCGCGAUGGGUACGGGGGUUAUCCAACCCCUAAACGUUCUUAUCUUUGGGUCGCUUACGGGUGACAUUAUCCGAUAUGCGAGAAUCGCUCAAGAAGCCGCCGGCGUAGAGUUCAUCGACAACAUUAUAGCGUUCGCGAUAAAGAAUUGCCUUCUGGGCGUCGCCAUGUUCAUUCUAAGCUACUCGUCCACUGUACUCUACAACUAUAGCGCUGUUCGGCAAGUGAACAAGAUUCGACAGUUGUACUUCAGUAGCUCUCUGAACCAAGACGUGGGAUGGUAUGACCUAGAGCAAACUGGCGAUUUCGCUAGCCGCAUGUCUGAAGACAUUACCAAGCUGGAAGAUGGUAUGGGAGACAAAGUGUCCAUGUUCCUGAACUUCCAGGUUACGUUUGUCACCAGCGUAAUUUUGGCGUUGGUGAAAGGUUGGGAGCUGGCCCUCAUUUGCCUCACAUCUUUACCGAUCACGAUGAUAUCUAUAGGCAUAGUUGCAAUAUUAACAGGAAAAUUGGCGGUGAAAGAGAUGGACGCAUAUGGUGCAGCGGGUGCAAUCGCCGAAGAGGUGCUGACAGCAAUCCGUACGGUGGUCGCAUUCGGCGGCCAAGAGAAGGAGAUCGCGAGAUACUCCGAUCGCUUAACGUUCGCCCGAAAUAACAACAUCAAGCGAUCGCUGCUGAGCGGUAUUGGUUUCGGACUGUUGUAGUUCUUCAUCUACGCCAGUUACGCGUUGGCGUUUUGGUACGGUAUCAAGCUAAUUUUGGAGGAGAAGUCGCUUCCGCCGCAGGAGCGAGUCUACGAUCCCGGCAACAUGGUCACGGUGUUCUUCGCUGUAAUGCAAGGGAGUGUUAAUUUCGGCAUGUCGUCACCGUACAUCGAACAGUUCGGCAUAUCCAAGGGGGCGGCUACCAAAAUUUUUGCAGUCAUCGAUAGUGCCCCUGUUAUAAACGCCGCCAAGAACGUGGGGCUCUAACCGAAGGAAGUUAAGGGAGACUUUAGCUUUCGGAAGGUUCACUUCGAGUACCCUUCGCGAAAGGGCGUCAAGGUCUUGAAAGGUAUCGACAUUGAGAUUAAGUCUGGGGAGACGGUUGCGCUGGUCGGCAGUUCCGGGUGCGGUAAAUCGACUUGCAUUCAGCUGUUACAGCGGUUUUAUGAUCCAACAUCCGGAGAGGUA